GGCAGGGGUCGGGCCGGGGUCCUCCGUGCAAUGGCGGCCGAGGCGCGCGUGUCGCGCUGGUACUUCGGGGGCCUGGCCUCCUGCGGGGCCGCCUGCUGCACGCACCCGCUGGACCUGCUCAAGGUGCAUCUGCAGACGCAGCAGGAGGUGAGGCUGCGCAUGACAGGCAUGGCGCUGCGCGUGGUGCGCUCCGACGGCGUCCUGGCGCUCUACAACGGCCUGAGCGCCUCGCUGUGCAGACAGAUGACCUACUCCCUGACUCGGUUCGCCAUCUACGAGACUGUGCGGGACCGCGUGGCCAAGGGCAGCCAGGGGCCGCUGCCCUUCCACACGAAGGUGUUGCUGGGCUCCGUCAGCGGUUUAACUGGAGGCUUCGUGGGGGCGCCCGCGGACCUGGUCAACGUCAGGAUGCAGAAUGACAUGAAGCUGCCCCUGGCUCAGCGGCGCAACUACGCCCAUGCCCUGGAUGGCCUGUACCGCGUGGCUCGAGAAGAGGGUCUGAAAAGGCUGUUCUCAGGCGCGACCAUGGCAUCCAGCCGAGGAGCUUUGGUCACUGUGGGCCAGCUGUCCUGCUACGACCAGGCCAAGCAGCUGGUCCUCAGCACCGGGUAUCUGUCUGACAACAUCUUCACUCACUUCGUUGCCAGCUUCAUCGCGGGAGGAUGUGCCACGUUCCUGUGCCAGCCCCUGGACGUGCUGAAAACCCGCCUGAUGAACGCCAAGGGCGAGUAUCAGGGGGUGCUGCACUGCGCGGUGGAGACAGCGAAGCUGGGGCCCCUGGCCUUCUACAAGGGCCUCUUUCCCGCCGGCAUCCGCCUCAUCCCGCACACCGUGCUCACCUUCGUGUUUCUGGAGCAGCUCCGCAGACACUUCGGCGUCAAAGUGCCGUCCUGACCCGGCCGCGGGUCGCCGGCACCAGGUUCUUCCACAGAGUCGGGGUGGGGGUGCUGGACCCGGCACCUGCUCCC